AUGGACUGCAUGAGGACCCUCCAGGUUAUGGAUACCAUUGGCAACAUCAACGCAGUCAUGGUGAUCCACCAUACCGAUUGCGGAGGACUACUCGUUACUGAUGCCGAAGUUCAUCAGCGCAUGCGGGAGCGCGAUGCUACCGCCGCGGCGAGUGCUGGGGAAGUGACAUUCGGCACUUAUCGACAGUAA